CUCUUGGAGCUAGAACGCAGUGCAUUGUGGGACGUAGGCUGAUGGUGAAGUCAAGAUGGCUGCGAAGCUCAGGCAGAGGAGAGAGCCUGUAGUAGGAAGGCCGUGAAUGAAGUUUUCUAUAGAAAAUCCUUCGCCGGCGCCCGAUCGGACUUAAAGCAGUGUGCUGUUUACGUUGGAGACAAGCCGCGCAGGACCUACUACACCCACAAACAGCAACAGGAUAACAAACUGCUGGCAUAAAGUCUCGUAUGAAUUCCGACGAGAAGGAGGACUGUGAGUGUGCGCCACCACAGGCCGAGACAAGCUCCGCCGGAGGAGCCGAUAGAGAACACGAGGAGCCUGAAAUAGAAAACCCAGAAGCAAGCCGAAUGAAGCGAGCAGCUGCCAAGCAUCUAAUAGAGCGCUAUUACCACCAGUUAACGGAGGGCUGUGGAAAUGAGUCUUGCUCCAACUCGUGGUGUGCCUCAUCAGUUGGCUUCAGCCGCAUGGAUAACAACGAGGCAGCGGUCAAAGCUCUGGAGCUCUACAAAGUCAAUGCCAAGCUAUGCGACCCACACCCUUCAAAGAAAGGCACCGCUUCCGCCUACCAGGAGAGCAGCGCUCACAGCAACUCGGCGUGCAGCAACAAGAAGAUGAACCAUAAAGACAUCCACUCUGUGCGAGACAAUUUUAAAGAUGUAAAUUACCUGACAGAGGAGAAGGUGUAUGAGAUCCUGGACACCUGUGGUGAAAAGGAGGAUUACUCCCCUCUCAUCCGGGUCAUAGGCCGAGUUUUCUCCAGUGCUGAGGGACUGGUGCAGAGCUUUCGGAGGUCCAAACCGCACACCAAGGAGGAGCUCAAGUCUCUCCAAGGUAAGGACGAGGACAAGGAUGAAGAUGAAAAGGAGGCAGCUGCGAGUUCAACUACAGCUAUGGAGGAGGAUUCCCCCACCUCCUCCUCAUCGUCGAGGCUCGGCGAGUGCUUGUUGGGAGAAAACGACAUCCAAAAGCUGGCUCCCGAUGAGGUUUCAGUCGAUAUCGAAGCUGUGCGAAGGGUCUACGAGCGCCUCCUGUCCAAUGAUAAAAUCGAAGCCGCCUUCUUGAAUGCACUGGUCUACCUCUCGCCUAAUGUGGAGUGUGACCUGACGUACCAUAACGUGUAUUCACGAGACCCAAACUACCUGAACCUUUUUGUAAUAGUGAUGGAAAACAGCAACCUCCACAGCCCCGAGUACCUUGAGAUCGCUCUCCCACAGUUCUGUAAGGCCAUGAGCAAACUCCCGCUGGCAGCUCAGGCCAAGCUGGCACGUUUGUGGUCGCAUUACAGCGCCGAGCAGAUCCGGCGCAUGGUGGAGACCUUCCAGCAGCUCAUUACCUACAAGGUGAUCAGUAACGAGUUCAACAGCCGCAACCUGGUCAACGACGACGAUGCUGUGGUGGCGGCCACCAAGUGCUUGAAGAUCGUCUACUAUGCAAAUGUGCUGGGUGGCGAUCUUGACAUGGAGCACAACGAGGAAGAAGACGAGGAGCCCAUUCCAGAGUCCAGUGACCUCACCCUGCAGGAGCUCCUGGGUGAAGAGCGCAGGAACAAAAAGGGCCCUCGAGUAGACCCGCUGGAGACAGAGUUGGGAAUCCGUACAAGCGAUUGCCGGCGGCCGCUCGUUCCCUUUGAGGAGUUUGUCAACGAGCCUCUGAACGAGGUGUUAGAGAUGGACAAGGACUAUACUUUCUUUAAAGUUGAAACUGAAAACAAAUUCUCUUUCAUGACCUGUCCGUUCAUCCUGAACGCCGUCACCAAGAACCUGGGUCUGUACUACGACAACCGCAUUCGCAUGUACAGCGAGCGGCGGAUCACCGUGCUCUACAGCUUGGUGCAGGGUCAGCAGCUCAACCCUUACCUGAGGCUCAAAGUGCGCAGAGACCACAUCAUUGACGAUGCUCUGGUCAGGCUGGAAAUGAUAGCAAUGGAAAAUCCUGCAGACUUGAAGAAGCAGCUGUAUGUGGAGUUUGAAGGAGAGCAAGGUGUUGAUGAAGGAGGUGUUUCCAAAGAAUUCUUUCAGCUGGUGGUGGAGGAGAUCUUCAACCCAGAUAUAGGCAUGUUCACAUAUGAUGAGCACACCAAACUGUUCUGGUUCAACCCGUCGUCGUUUGAAAAUGAGGGCCAGUACACACUGAUUGGCAUCGUUCUCGGUUUGGCCAUCUAUAACAACUGUAUCCUGGAUGUCCACUUUCCCAUGGUGGUCUACAGGAAGUUAAUGGGCAAGAAAGGAACUUUCAGGGACUUGGCUGAUGCCAACCCGGUUUUAUACCAGAGUCUGAAGGAGCUCCUGGAGUAUGAGGGCAGCGUGGAGGAGGACAUGAUGAUCACGUUCCAGAUUUCUCAUACAGACCUGUUUGGGAAUGCACUUAUGUACGAUUUAAGGGAAAAUGGGGACAAGAUUCCUGUCACCAAUGAAAACAGAAAGGAGUUUGUUGCACAGUAUUCAGAGUACAUUCUGAACAAAAGCGUGGAGAAGCAGUUCAAGGCGUUCAGGAGAGGCUUCCACAUGGUCACCAACGAGUCACCGCUUAAGUACCUGUUCAGACCAGAGGAAAUCGAACUCCUGAUUUGUGGAAGCAGGAACCUGGACUUCCUAGCACUUGAAGAGACAACAGAAUACGACGGAGGUUAUAACAGAGAUUCUCGGAUAAUCAAGGAGUUUUGGGAGACGUUGCACUCAUUUGGCGAGGAGCAGAAACGCCUCUUCCUGCAGUUCACCACCGGCACCGACAGAGCACCUGUGGGUGGGCUGGGCAAGCUGAAGAUGAUUAUCGCCAAGAAUGGCCCCGACACAGACAGGUUACCGACUUCUCACACUUGCUUUAACGUGCUGCUGCUGCCUGAGUACAGCAGCAAGGAAAAGCUGAGGGAGAGACUGCUGAAAGCCAUCACCUAUGCCAAAGGGUUUGGCAUGCUCUGAACCCCUGCUCCUAACAGACUCCUUCUCAGAAAGCCCAUAAAACCCUGCCCUGCCCUUCCUGUAUCAGACACAAUCUCAAAGGUGACCAGACAGGCCAGAGUAUGUUUCGAGGAAAAGCAAGUGAAUAAUAAAAGUGGAUACGUGGUUCUAAUAAAUCUCUCUAGUAGAUCCGCUGCUGUGCCUGCAUCAUCACACAUCAGUCAGUGUAAGCGUAGAGGCUUCGUCGAGUACCCACUCCCACAUCCACACUAUGUGAAUGUGCUUUCUGUGUACAGAAAGGAUCAUUUUCCUCGUUAUUUAUUUGAAGGUUCAAAUUUUUCAUGCCUGCCUGUUGUGAUAGAUGUAAAAGAAGUAAUGCAAAUACGGGACGAUGCGUUUCCAACUCGAUAAACUCGGCAAAACGACGACAAAGUACCCCUGAAAUCUUGCCCACAGCUCCCACAGAGAUUUAGUUUAGUGUUCGCUACUACAUCGUAUUCCCCACUGACCAUUCCACUCUAGCGUAGUCAUUGCUUAUUGUUCCCACCGAGUCUGUUUUGAGGAGAGCGCGUGGAAAGAGAUUUGGUCCAGGAUGGCACAUCAGAUAGCUUGUUCUCCUUCUCAGUUUUGGGCCUUCUUCCUUUGGGGGACAUGCAGGUUAGACAUGCAGAGAUGUGUAAGUGCACUUAGACAUUUUCAGAAUGUUUGUUCUUUGGUCACAGGUUGCCAUUAUUGUUUGUUUUAUUUCCUUGUCUUCCUGUGUUGAGGAUUCUAAAUAAAAUCAGUAUUUAUAUAUCGGUGCAUACUGUAACCACGCUGUGGAGGAUGUACGCAUGUAGACCAGUCACUGAGAGUCUUCUCAGAUACUACAUUGAACUCUCCUUGUGCCAACCUGUACAGCGGACAGGUAGAAACUCAGUAUGUACUCGGUGUCGUCUGCUUUGGGUUCAGUCUUGUAGAAACGGCUCACACUGCAUAUCCCCCGUACGUCUGCAGACCUGAUAAAGCUUUGUCUGUUGCUGUGGUUACACCUGGAAUCUAACAAGAUCAUCCUAGUUCAUGGUGACAUGAGUCUGAGAGUCCGAGUAGCAGACGAGCGUUGCGGUAAGUUUCCUUUGCCGUUCGACCCAAAGUGCAAAACAAAAAGAGUGUAAAGCUGGACACUCUCACUGAUGAAACAUCUCCCUAAUAUACCAUCGGGUGACGUGUAAAUGUCCUCGUUUGCAUUCAGGAGCGAUGAAGUGAGCUCUUCUCAGAUUGUGUCUUUGAGUUGAGGGUGGAAGAGGCCGUGCUCGCUGUGCGCCUGCUGCCACCUUGUUUUGUAAGCUUGGCCUGACUUGCUGUGGACCGUCAUACCUCUCUGUUUACAGCACAGAUAACACGGGUGUGUCUGCUGUGACUGUGUAGACACAUCGCUGUGACCUGAUCAGUGAAACAGGUGUAACCACUGUUGAAAAAGUGCUUUGUCUCUAAUAAGGACUGUGAAAUCAUUUCCCCUCGGAACAGGCAGACGCGUCCUAUUUUGAAUGCUUUUCCUCCUCAUCGGUGAAUAGGCUGCAUAAUGUUCUUGGACACAGAAUCGUCUCGCUGCUUCAGAGUUCGGUUGUCUUUUUAGACAUCCUCGCCGUUGUUUUGUAGUCUGCAAUAUCCAUCCUCUAACACGGUCAGCAGACUUCAUCGGGUCAGGCAGCACGAGCCGUCACACCAACGCAGGGUUACAGCAAUGCUUUGCCCAAAUCAUUGACAUCACUCACUUGGAAGUGAAAACACCGCUUUGGCAACAGUUCAUGUAACCAUGGUAAUAAGGGUACCAUGUAAAAUAGCUGCUCCAUCAGCAGACAGUUGUUUUAAAUGCUUGAUGGUCAUCAAGUUGCAUUUGUAGACAUCACUUAAUACUGGAUGCAAAGGAAUACAAGCCUGUGGCUGCCCGAAGAGGCUGAAAUACGCUCCCCCAAAUCUGUAUCUAUAUCUAUAGGAACAUGGAGAAGAUGUGAAGUAGUUGCUAAACUUGCAAACUACCUGGAUGUUUUACUUACAAAUGAGUGGUUGUGAUCAUUUGGACAAACUGGACAUAAAACAUGCAUGUGAAGCUUACUGUCAUUAAAAGCUUUUUCACAGCUCCUAAACGAAGCAGGCUCAGGUGUCCACAUGCGUAUUUCCUUAUGAGGUACUGGGUGGUAUUGUUCUGUGUACAGAGAUGGUUUCUGGCGUGUAACGUGACCUCACUCCUCCAGUCGUUGUGGUUAAAGGUCUGAGAACAGAUGAUGGCAUAGAAGAGGUCACAGACCAUGGACCCGGAGUGUGUGGAGUGCGUCACGUCCAUUGCCAGGAACCAUCUUUGAACAGAGAGCUCUUAACGUCAUAUAACCCUGCCUUUUAUCUUCUCUCUGGUCAUGUGACUGUACCUGGAGUCUGGUAAAGCUGCUCAGGGCAAACGGUGUACGUUUGUGGCGGUUGGCUGGAGGUCGGGGGUCUUUGGCUUGUCCCUCAGACUCUGAAGUUGUUGCUGCAUGGCUGAUGUACCUUAAAGAGGAGCGCGUGGAGCACCACGAUGCCCACAACAUACCACUGAGAGCACGGUGCUCAGAGCACCGCCAUCCACCAACCUGAGCCAUUCUUUAUCUUUCAUCUUUUUCUCCUCCUACAUUCAACUACUCCUAGCUAAAAUGAUGCUGAAUACCUUCACUAGUUUAGCCUUCAUCUGAGUCACAGUACUAGGAGUGCCUAAAAAUGUGGACAGCACUGGACUGUGCUGGGAAGUCACUACAGUGCACAGUAUGCGUGUAUUGUUCUACAUACUGCAGUA